AUGUCUAUGCUCCCCGGCCCUAUGGCCAUCACGGCUCCCACGGAGCAGAUGCGUGAGAAAGGCAUCGAAUCCGAUGAAGUUCGCAAGAUGUCCAUGAGUGCCACUCACCCCGGUGUUCGCCAGCGAUUAUGGGGAGUCCAAGCCCGUCUGGACCCAAGUGUUUCCUACGAGGAAUUCACCUACUGGGCCAAGGUUGAGCGUGAGAUGGAACUUGAAGAGGGCCGUCGCCAGAAGGCUCUCACAUCCGGUCAGGGAGUUUUGGGCGCGAUCAAAGGCUAUUUCAACAUGAAUGCCUACGAGGAUGACAAGAUCACCAAUGAUACCUCUCGUGCGCUGCAGACCCACGAAGAAGUGACACAGUGGUCAAAGGAUGAGAAGUCGCCCGUUGUCAAGGAUGAUGAUGGGACGAGCCCGAUCGCGCCUAGCAGCACUCACGACUUCGAUGCCGAAUGGCGACAGGCCUCGAGAGCCCUGCGUACAGCCAGCUGGGGUGGUAUCUUCUACUUGAUCACGACUGAUAUUUUGGGUUGGGGUCAGACACCAUAUGUCUUCGCCAACACUGGUUACGGCCUUGGUGUGGGUAUCUUUAUUCUCAUGGGUAUCGCUGCCGCUAUGUCCGGAUGGAUGAUUUGGAAGACUUUCUUGGGUCUUGACUCGUCUCGGUUCCCCGUCUUGAGUUUCGGUGACCCGUUCUUCCGUCUGUUUGGACCUGGUGCUCGUCAUUUCAUCAACUUCACUCAGGCUCUCCAGAUGUUCCUUACUGUCGCUGUCGUGCUUCUUGGUCAGACCCAGCUUAUUGCUCAGCUUGGUGAAAGUGUCAAUCUCUGCUAUGUUGUGUGCGGACUCAUUGGCCUGAUAGUGAGUAUGGCCAGUGGUUACAUGCGGUCUCUCAAGCACCUUGGUUGGUUCUGCAACCUGUCGGUGUGGAUCAACAUUGUCUCUUUCAUCAUCAUCUGCGUUGCUGCAGCUAAAUACGGCCCUGAUCCUACUGCUGCCGUGAACAACGGUAUCCUACCAAAGUCAUGGGCAACAAACCCUGUUCCGGUCAAGACCUUCGUUGGUACCCCGCCUGCAGAGUACCAGCAAACCGACGCCAACCUGUUUGCUGCCAAAUUCAACGGAAUCAACAGCAUGGUUUACGCCUACUCUGGAGCUUUGCUGUUUGUCGCCUUCUUGUCUGAGAUGCGCCAGCCAUUGGACUUCUGGAAGGCCGUAUUUCUCGCACAGGCUUUCAUCACCGUUAUCUAUGUCUUCUUUGGAGCCUUUGCCUACUCCUACUACGGCCAGUACAGCUACGCCACUAUCACCCAGACUGUCAAGCCACUCAGUCUCCAAGUGCUGAGUAACGUAUUGUCACUAAUCACUGGUUGGCUCGCUGUCUUCCUGUACUUCAACGUCGGUAUGAAGACCGUCUACAUCGAAGUUGGCCAGGAACUCUUCCACGCUCCCCCAAUCACCACCAAGAAGGGCAAAUACUUUUGGUGGGGCUUGGGCCCACUCUACUGGAUCCUUGCCUUCAUCAUCGCCAUGUCUGUCCCCGAAUUCAGCGCCUUCACCAACUUUGUCGGAGGACUAUUCAGUCUGAACUUUACCUACUCCUUUUCCGGUGUCAUGUACCUAGGCUACGCUAUCCAGGAAGGUGCCAGACUCCCCGGCGAAGGAUUUGAUCCCUACACUGGUCAGACAGUCCGCCACGAUACCGGCAUGGCGAGAUGGACCCGUGGAUUCAUGAAAAACUGGUACAUCACCAUUCCCGUUACAAUCUUCACCGGUGCUGGUUUUGCCGCUUCUGGCAUGGGUACCUGGGCUGCUGUUCUGGCUCUAGAAUCGGCUUAUGCCCCUGGUGGCUCCCUUACGACCUCUUGGACUUGUACCAACCCUUUCGCUUCUUAA